GUCUAAUACAAAUCAGGGGCCCUGAUUCAGUCAGGGCUGACCUUUUGCCGUUUUUUUUUUCCUUGUAAAAUUUGGUCAUCGGCGCAACGCAAGUUAUCAUGAAUGUCACCGUGGUGCACCGGUUCCCAGCGUCGGGUCACUGUCAUGAACCCGUUACGGUUAUUUCAUUUAGGUCACAGAAUGCCGCACCAGUCUUCCUGCGCUCGAUAGGCCUAGAUUCUAAGUGCUGUGGAGAAGUCAUGGUCGGGCAUCGCACUUCAUUCAACAGAGAGGUGACAAAGUUGGGGAAGGUCUACUUUCUGCAAUAACAGUCAAUCUGCUAUUAGAUUCACACUAGUCAAGUCACAUUAGGAUGUCAGCGACAGCUCAUCAGAGGGAGAAAUCCCCCCUGCUUGGGUCAGACCAUCAGUCUGGUUCGUACUCUAGAGAUGACAAAGAAGUCAACAGCGUUCAGGGUGUCGAAGCGGGCAGCAGCAAAGCCUCAACAGGCGCUGCAGCAGAGAAAGAUGGUGCAGAAGGGACCAAUGGGACUGAGCCUGAGGAACCGUUCAGCAUACGAGCCCUUUCAAACCGCAAAAAGUAUACCAUGGUGAUGAUGGCUUUGGCCAACUUGUUCACCGGCUGUGGCUUUUCCCUCAUAGCGCCAUUUUUCCCUCAGGAGGCAUCAAAGAAAGGUGUGUCCACAACAGUGACGGGAAUUAUAUUUAGUGUAUUUGAAUUUGUCAUCUUCAUUACUUCACCAGUCUAUGGAAACUUCUUGACAAGAAUUGGCCCGAAGUUUAUGUUUUUAUCUGGUACAAUGGUAGGAGGGACUUGUGCAAUAUUGUUUGGUUUACUAGACAAGUGUCCUCCUGGUACGCCCUUCAUCGUCAUGUGCUUUUUGUGCCGCUGCAUCGAGGCUCUGGGUCUUUCCGCUUACGUCACUGCCAGUUUUGCCAUCAUCUCCAAUGAGUUCCCCAAACACAUCGCCACUGUCUUUGGUAUUUUAGAAACAGCCAAUGGGAUCGGUUUGAUGCUGGGCCCUGCCGUUGGAGGAGGUCUCUAUGAGCUUGGUGGCUAUGGAGUACCGUUCUUUGUGAUCGGAACUUUGAUUAUUCUCAAUGGUCUGUUUCUCUCCAAGUUCCUGCCUCCUCCUCAAAAUUUUUUCCAGAAGCGUAAAGGGUCGGUCUUUGGUCUGCUUCGGAGCCCAAUGGUUCUGAUCGCUAUUGUAACCAUCUUGGCUGGUGCGUGUGGCAUAGCUUUUCUGGACCCAACCCUCGCUAAACAUCUAGACAAGUUCAAACUGUCCACUGGUUUGGUGGGUCUGGUGUUUGUGGUGGUUCCGGGUCUGUAUGGAAUCACUGCCCCUUUGUGGGGCUACAUCAGCGACUCGAAGAACAUCCAAGCCCCUCUGUUGAUUCUUGGUAACCUUGUGUGUGGUGUUGGCUAUCUCUUUGUGGGCCCAGCUCCAUUCCUCCCUUUCAUCCCAUUUGAGUUGUGGUCAGUUAUUCUUGGCCUGGUGUUUGUCGGCUUCUGCAUCGGCUGUGCUGUGGUUCCCACCAUGAAGUGCCUGGUCAUUGGUGCCCAGGAGAUUGGUUUUGAAGACAAUCUAGACACAUAUGGCAUCGUCUCUGGUCUCUUCAACUCUCUGUUUUGUUUGGGUGCAUUCGUAGGCCCCACUUUGGGCAGCACGGCGGUGGAGCAGCUUGGAUUUGACUGGGCGGCUGUCAUCGUCAGCUGUAUUCACUUUGCAGCUAUGAUUUGCGUCGUCAUAUAUUUCACCCUGCGGAGAAUAAGACGGAAAGCUGACAAUGGACCGGAAGCUGUCUCUCACUACACUAGUUUACCAAUAGAUGAAAAUGACAGGCAGGCUCUCCUAGACCCUGAAGUGGUCCUGUCCCAUGGUUCCUUAUCAAGCGUUAGCAGCAGAUCGCAUAAUGAAAAUGUGGACAGAAGACGAAGCAAUCCAACCUUCAUGCGGUCAGUGUCCCACCCGUCUGUAUAGCCUGUUAAUUUGACAACACAUCCAGCACACGUACACAAAUGCAACUGAGAAUCUGACUAUUGUCACUGAGACCAGACGCUGAAAAUGCAUUCAACGGAACGACACACCUUUCAAAGUAUUGUAUUGCAGGCUUCCUGGGGAGCCAAGCAUGUUUCUGGGGUUUUAGGGUCUGCUGGGGUAAUAAUAGAUGUAAAGUGCAUAGAGCAUGCUGUUGAGCGUGGAUAUAUAUGCGCUAUAUGAAUGCAAUUAUUAUUAUUGUUAGUAGUGGUCGGUAGUAUUGAAAAGAUCCUGUGUCCACCAUUUCCUAGAGGAGGAUAGAAGUUGGGGCACUCGUACUUUACAGGGUCAGUAACUACAACAGCAUGCAUAGCAAAAGCAACAGUUGUGUUGUGAGUAUGAACAUUGCAACACGUCAGAGUCUUCUCUCACAGCGUGCUGUUCCUAUCUGCCCCUGUGUAGUCACAAUAUUAUAGGUAUUUAUCACCUGCUUGGUGUAAGACUACUAGAAGAUUCUCGUGGUCUAGUGGUACGAUGUUCGUCUCUCAUUCAAUAGGUCCCUGGUUCGAACCCUGACAGUGACGGAAAAAAUUUUACAGCAGUAAUUUCUGCUCUCCAUGUGUGUUGCUCAUCCAUGUUUUAACAAAGAAUUUAGAGAAUAGUAGUGUAGCAGUACUAAAUGGGUAAUGACGUGUUCCAGGUCCAGUCACUAUGUACGCUCAGGGAACUCUCCUUGUUGAUGAAGGUGCAAAGAGUGCCUUGGAUAUUUUCUAGAAAGAUUGUGUGUCUUCAAUACAUUAUAUUCAUCUGGAGAGUAAGAGAUAAAUGUUUUUGUUUAUCUCUCGAAUAUUUGUAGAUCUAGACUUGUGCUAUUUGCUAGUAUACUGAGUUGCAAAAGUUCUGUCCCACCCAUUGUACUACAGUUGUUUUCUCUUAAUUGUAAGAAUUGCACUAAAUCUGAAAAAUUAUUAUUUGUGUGACUUCUGAGACUCUUGGUACAUGCGGAGACUGACGAAGUCAGAAACCGGAAGUUGUGCGUGGGCCAAGUGUUGGUAUUGUUUUUUCACGAUAUGCGGUGAAAUCAAUGCAUCCUACAGUCAAAAUUUGCUUUGAAUCACAAAGACAAUGUGUAAAUACGCCUUACGCCCCUUAAUAAUCCGGGCUUUUUCACCAUUGGGUUAUUUGUUCCCCUCUUUUCAAAAUAACUAAACUGACAAAUGCAGCACGCGAAUGCACUGAGCAUAUAUAAAUUCUGGAAUUGCGGUUUCUAUUGUUGCAAGACAAGUAAAUGUGUGCAGAAAAACCAUCUAAUGCUUAAACAAGCAUUUUGACACCAUUGGAACUGUCCAAGACAGGUCUAGGCAUGGCUUGCCAAGGGUGACAACUCGGCGCCUGAAUUGGGUUAUUGUCCACACCCAUGUCCAAAAUCCGUUCCAACUAAGUGCAUAGACCACCAGGUACUUCGGACUGUCUUAAAACAACAUUAUCGGACAUUUAUGUGGCCCUCGAUUGCGUGAUUAUCGCCCUUUGUGUGAUCACCUAUUGUGACUCCGUUUCAUUGAAGAGAUCGCCAAAUUUUGAUGCACCAACGUUGGUGAUGGAACCAGACAAGUUGAUAGAGUGUUCUAUUUUGCAAUGGUCCAGGUUUUUUAUUCGUGGCUUUGAUGGAAGAGAAAAAGUGUUAACAAAAAGAGGAUAGAGGGUUCACGAAGCCAUUGUCCACCAAACAGACCAAUUUGGUGACUGAUGUGGGAUAGAGUGGGAUGGAAUCCCUCCUGCUCUUCAUCGUACACAUUUGGUCACUAUUCAAAGCAACCCCAGAGAGCGACUGACUGUGUCAAAAUUCUUCAUCACAAUGUCCAGCCCUACAUGCCAUGGAUGAUGGAAUGUGCCAAAAGGACAACGUCCGACCCCAUGCAGCCAUGAUCAGUCAAAACUCUUUUAAACUCAUCAAAUCAAUGUUCUGGACUGGCCUGCAAGAUCAACAAGCCUUCUCCCUAACAGAACACCUAAAAUAAGACCUUGACUAGAGGGUUAAAACAGUCUAUAACUGUGCAAACUCACCAGAUACUGAUAUUAGGCUGCACUUCGCAAAGAAUGGCAAGGGAUUCCUCAAGCAACCAUAAGGACGUUAAUUCAGGGAAUGAACAUACGUUUCGUAGCAGUAAAUCAAGCUGGAAGAGGCCACACGCAACACUGGGCAAACUUUGAUAUGGUUUUUAUCAAGGGUCAGUAUGAAUAAAAUUAUCUCCCUUGAAUAAGGAAAGAUACUGGUCAAUUCUCUUUAUGACAUGUUGACAGAAAAUGAAUGAAGAGCAUGUGUACCGAAUUUCGCUCGGCUACGUUGAACAGUAAAUAAGUUUAAUAAGUUAUUAUACUUUGAAGGUGGGUGUGACAGAACAUUUGCAACUCAGUAUAUUUUUAGCCCUUAUGAGAUGCCCUUUAUAUAACACACACACGCACACACACACAUUCACACCCUCACACACACACAUACACACACACAUUCUGUCUCACACUCAUACUGUUAUACCGACUCUAGCAGACACCUGUUUAGGUCAGUCCCUUGUACAAAUAACCCCUUCCCGUUUCAUUACUUGCAUAUUAUAUAUGUAUAAUAUGACUCGCCGGUUCCUCCCUAACUUGAGUUUUGUGGAAAAUGGUUUUUAUGCGUGUAAAUGUGAAACCCAGAGUCACAUUUCAAAUGCUCCUAAACACACUUUAAACUGGCACCACAGCAGCAUGUAUUCUUUCAGUUGUGUGUAGAAAAGCUUUUACCUGUGCUGCCAUACACUGACAAAACACCUUUUUCUUAUUCACACAGUUUCGAAAUAAAAAUACGUUUGGUCAGUGUAACCAUUUAAAAAGGCUUUCUUCCAAAAUUUUGAUGCUAAUUUAUUCAAAAACUUGUCACAGUUUCACUUUAAUUUUUUCACAUACUAGUAGUUUGACCCUAGGUUUCACAUUUAUAAACAUUGUACGUCAGAGUAUCAGGAAUGUUUUGGUCUAUAAAAACGAUUUUUGCCGGGCUAUUGAUUUAGCAAAUAAAAAAAAAUUUGGCGCCAAAAAUGAAAGAAAACGUUUUGUCAGCUUAGGGCAGCAUAUGUGCAUGACGUGUAUGUCUGCCUUCAUUUUGUAAAAAUACAGUAUUUUCAGUUUUUACAAUUUUACAGAAGAUCCAAAAAAACUGAAUGUUGUUGCCAAGAGACCAAACUCUUUGCAAAUAAUAUCUCAAGUCAAUGUUUUUAAGAAUACAAUUUUGAUAAUAUAAGUUCUUUAUUUUCUUAAUUAAAGCUAAAGCUGUUUUCUUGGGAACAACUUUCAGUUUUUUAGCUCUCCUGUAAAACUGUUAAAAUUGUGUAUGCUGUGUGUUUUUUUAAAUAACUGCAGAUGUGUGUCUGUGUCCUGUGGCCAGGGCUAUGGCUAUCGGGAGCUGUCUUCAUCGUGGAAAGACCUAGCAGCUGUCUGCCCAAAAUGGCAUGAUAGGGCCUAUUGCUUAAGCCUUAAGCAACAUCGUCACUUUUUUUCACACCUUGAGUUUCUUGAG